UCUGCAAAGUGUUUUAACGCUAUUGCUGCAGAUAUUACGAUAAACGUUUUACUUAGUUCUAGAAUACAGAAUAUCCAUGAAUUUAGUUCACGUAGCAGUAUAUUGGUUUUACAGAUGCCGCGGCACUUAUCUACAUUCUCAGCAUGCCUUUUGGUUUCUUUUUUUCUGAUGACUUGGCAUUGGUGCUGUAUGGCGGGUGAGACGAAUAAGGCGGGUCCAAUUUAUCCUUUUUGUGGCGACGACUUUAAAACUGCUUGGGAGACUUGUUGUGGGGGUCAAUGCAGAAAUCGCAAGCGGACGACAGGUAAGGGAUACAGAGCUUCAGAGUAGGGGAAAUUGUGGAUGGAGUAAUGUGGCGAUAUUUCUCUUUGUCUUAAAUUUGCGCCGAAGAAAGCUAUCGUCAAACUAGAGAAAGAACCACAAAUUAUUUACGCAGGAUGAUCGUAAAUAUUGAAACUUUGCACAUAAGCGAAGAAAGAGCGGAGGUGGGCAAGGAUGAGGGAAGUUGACAUAGAUUCUAAAAAAAAUGUGUUUAGUUCCCGCCGGGAUUGCGUUGGUAUUGGGAUAGCGCUCAGGAUCUUAAAUCCUUUCAUUUUAAAAACGAUAAUCGUUAAACCUGUAAAGCUUGUGGGGUUGUUUAUCUAAGGAUCUAAUGUGAUAAUGGACUUAUCUCACUUGGAACCGCGUCAGGAUCUCCACCAAGACAAGUAGUGAUUUGAAAAGCAAAACGCCAAGAAAGUAAUAGCCAAAUACGAACUCCUGGUGGCCAAAGGGGAUUCUGGGAAAGAUUUCUGUACCAGGAGGAACCCCAUAUCAUUCUCAAUCAAAGCUGUAGUCGUAAAGUCAAUCUACUGCUUUUUGCUAUUGUGUUCUUUAUUCAAGAACUGUAUGCAUAGGGAAAUUGGGGGCUCUGCGGAAAUCUUGCUGGAUUCUGUUCAAUUCUUUACUUGUUACUCAGUGACUGAUUUUGCGCACGUUCACUUAGAACUUACGAAAACAGAUGAGGACAAUUGGUCGUGAAAGUAGGGUGGAGACAUAACAAAUCACGUCACCUUCACAACUUUUACGAGUGGCAGUAUUUUCAUUUUUUUUUUCUUUUUUUCUGGAGACGCGGUGGUCUAACUUUUUACGAGCUUGAUUCUGGAUCUAAAGGUCUGGGUACGAGUCUGGCCGGGGUCAAUACAUUUUACUCUCGCAGUACCUAUCUCAUUCCCCUCCACCCACUCCUCCGUCAAGAAUUAUAAAUGGUUGCAAAAAGAAUUCAAAACUGAUUACCCGCUCCUGCUUUUACAAUUCCAACAUUAUAAAUUUAGUCUAGGUUGUUUCAUCAGUGAUAAAACAAAAGCCUAUUUCGUACCAAAGUUUACUGUUUGUGAAAAGACAUUCUUUUUGUUCAUGUUUAGGACUAACCAUGUCAUUUCAAAGGGCCAGAAGUUUUCUCAUGUCACCUUCUGGUCUCGAGUCGAGGAAGCGAUCAAUUCUAAAUGGUGUGGAGGAGUGUUGUUACGAAAAAUGCUCUUUAGAAGAAAUAUCCGAAUAUAAUUGUUAA